CUGCGACAACAAGUACCCUCUGUUCUUAUUUAUUUAUUUUGAUAACGAAUCAAUAUUUUCAUUUAAUAAAUUUCAAUCAUGAAACUAGAUUCGAAUAAUAAGAUGAUCAAUGGGGAUGGUGGUGCAGAAACGCCCGACGAUGUUGUCGAUCCACGGCAAAAUGCUGAAGAUAUUAUUGAUGAGAUACUCGCAGAAUUCACAGACUCUAGAACACCUGACGCUCUCAGGAACGGGAACGGUAUACCAGAAAAUCUAUUUAACAUUAUACAGCCGCCUCGGACUAGAACUCCGGCGAACUCUUUCUCGGAAAGCGCGACGAUCGACGACAUCGAUCCGGCGUCAGAUCUCGGCACUUCCAUCCGCAAUAAAUGCCUAGAGCUUGAGGAGAUCCUUCAAAGCCUGAAAUCACGACUCAACCACGUCGUUCUCGAUGAGAAUAUCGUGCUUAGUCCGGAAGCAAAUUCAAUGGAAGCCCAACUUGAACAUGAUCUAGACACAGACUGCCAGGAGGAUCUUUCCUUGCAAGAGUUCCUUGAACUUUUACAGUCACAAAAUAAAAUAACCCCCAGUGGCGUACAAUAAUUAUCGAGACGAUUAUUAAUUUUAAGAUAAAAAGAAUUUAUUGUGUGCAAAUUUGAAAUUAGACCAUAUUAUGAAAUUAUAAAAUAAAUUUUUAGACAUAA